AUUGCAAUACAAUCACUACAAAAUAAUUAAAAUGAGAUUAAUACUGUGUGUAGCAACGUUAUCAGUUAUAUUUGCUGGCCCAGCUGCAAGUCUUCCAGAAUGUGAAACAACAGAAAACUGCGCACCAUCAACAGCAACAUGUGUGAACAACUUCUGCCAAUGCCCGCCAGGUGAAGUUUUCAAUAUCGACAAUACGAAAUGUAUUAAAGUUGUCAAUAAAAUGGAGGGAAGUUGUGAAGUAAACGCGCAGUGCGCCAUUAUCAGUGGGCCUGUAUCCUGUCGUGAAGGCAAAUGCCAAUGUCCUGAAGAUCAUGUAUAUCUAAAGAGACAAUGCAUCUAUAAGAAACUAAACGAUGAUGUAUGCACUAGCAAUGAUCAAUGUUUUGAUGGCCUGGAUUAUAAUUCACGUGUGUGUCAAAAGGGGCAAUGUAAAUGCGCUGAAGGAUAUUAUGACCGGAGUGGGAUUGAUUGUCGCAGAAAAGCUGCAUUGGAAGAGGCUUGUUCAUUGAAUAUGGAUUGUCAAGAUGAAAAUACUUUCUGUGACAACAAAAAAUGCAGAAAAAUUGGUAGCGGCCGCAAAAACAUUGACACUUCUUAUCAAGAAGAUGAUAUUGACGAUAAUCGUGACGAUAAUGUAACUAUAAGUAAAAGUAUCUUAAAAGAUGGUAAAGCAUUGAACGAAGCUUGUUCCUCUGGUGAUACUUGUGCAGACACCAACGCCAUCUGUAAUACACUAUCCUAUACCUGCCUGUGUCGCAAUGGUUACUUUGAACAGUCAAAGAAAUGCGUUGCAGAAUUAGGAAUGAAAUGUUCCGAUGCAUCCGAAUGUGGUAAUAAGAUGUUAUGCGAGAAAGGCGUGUGCACUUGUGAAGCAGGCAACCACUACAGCACCACUAAUACAAUAUGUCGUGGGACUGCGUAUCAAAUCGACGGUGGCCUCAAAUGCAGCACCGCCGUUUCCUGUCGUAUUCUCAACGCACAUUUCGACUGUCCCGAUGAUAAACUCUGUAAAUGCAACAAAGGUUUCAAACUGGAUGAUGAUUUUAUCUGCCGGGCGAGUUGCAGCAGAGAUUACGACUGUGAGAAAGCAAAUCAGAUCUGUGACGCGACUAAUACAUGCGUGUGUGGUCCGGAGUACCUACUCACAGAUGGCGAGUGUAAACCACGUAUAGGUGGCGUUUGUACCACUUCAACAGAAUGCACCGAAAUGGUUCCAAAUUCUGUGUGUAACAAAAUAUGCAUGUGUGUUGAAGGUUAUGUUGAUCAUGAAUACGAAUGCUAUAAAGAAGUAGAAAUGGGCAGGGAAUGUGUUCAAAACGUUCAAUGCGCUAGAAAAUGGAAUUCAACAUGCGGAUUAGACAAUGACAAGAAAAUCUGUAAAUGCGAUACUGGUUAUCUAAACGUAGGAGGAAACUGUCUACGUAUUGCUACACACAUUGGUGAUUAUUGUACACAUCCAUCAGUUUGUAUGCAGGAUUCUUUAUGUAAAAAAUCCAAAUGUACGUGUAAGGAGGGUUUCAUGCCUAGAAAAGACAAAAUUAGUUGUGUGACAAAAAGCUCAGACAAUUCAGCACCUGGUAAAUUAACCGCCUCUGAGAUAACUUGUCUCGCCAUGAUGAUUUUUACGCUUUUUAAUGUUUUUAAUUAAUAAUUGUUUUCGUAUUCAGUUGUUGUUGGUUGUUGUAACGUUGUAAUUUGCAUAAUAAAUUAUUGACCGGUG